AUGCCGGCUCGACGGAGUAUAAAGAAGAAGGGGCGACUGCAGGAGGCAGAGGCGGCCUCUAAAAGCAUCAAGACCAUCUACGACGACGGCCACGCGGCAGAUCACCUUGACGAAGAGGAGGACGUUGGCAGCACCUGCCCGAUUGUGGAGGAGCCCUCGACGCGUGAGGCGCAGACGGAGUAUGUUGAACGAAUCAUCGAAGAGGUCGAAGCGAAAGCCCGGGAGUGGUGCGAUGCAAUCAUGGACGAGAACGCGUCCAACAUCCGGAUGCAGAAGCGAACUCGCGACCGAGUGAAGAACAAGAUCAACCGCAAGUUCCGACAUAUGAAGCUGUCGGACCUGUGCCACAUGUCCGGGAACGACUACAACGCGGCGCUGCUGAUGGCGGUGCCCCCGGAGGAGCGCGCGGUCUUGCUGGCGGAGGCCGGGGAGGACACGGACGAGGAGGAGGACGACGAGGAGAACAUGCCCACCGCGGUGAAGGGGCGGAACCCACCACGGAUGGUUCCAGCCACGCCGAAGGGCGGCGGAAGGCCUGCCGGAUCACGCGUAACGCGCUCCGCCGUCAAGGGGGCUCGCAUCUCGUCUCGGUUGUCGGUAGCGGCGGAACCGCUGCCGGUUGAAGCAGGAGCGGUGGCGCAAACGCCAACGGGCCGCGCUAGGGGGGCCGGGGGGCGUGCUAUGCGGUCCGCCGUCAAGGGGGGCGGGGCGCCUGGGCGUGACGUCUAUCCGCUGUCGACUUCCAUCGAGAAUAUUCCCAAGCUUUCGGAGAGCGUCAUCACAGAGCUUCACAAACGUUUCGACCCUGACUGCACGGUGUGGCAAUGUCUGGACAUCGUCUUCCAGCCCAAGAUCGAGGGGUACACUCGCCACGCGGAGGCUGUGUGCGCUGAGCUGCGGCAGAACAUCGCCGAGAGGAGCAGACAGCUUCGCGCCAGGAUCCCGCCUCUUCCCGCCGACCCGCCUGAAAAGAAGAAGGCCAAGAAGAAGGCCAAGACUGCGAAGCCGAGGGCGAAGCCAAGGGCUAGGAGGGGUGCCGCUGCAGGCGGGGAUGUCGAGGUUUCGUCCCCGGUAGUGGAGGUUGACAAGGAGGAGGAGGAGGUGGUGGUCGAGGAAGAGGAGGAGGUGGUCGAGGAGGAGGAGGAAGAGGAGGCCGGAGGGACGGCGAAGGUGGCUCUUUCGAUCAGCGGAGGACCGUAUGACGGUUCGGUGUUCGAGAUCACCGUGGAAGAGGACGGGGACGCGCGGCUAGUAGGACGCUCUACUGGGAAGAAGUUCAAGAACCACGGGAUCAGCCUCCGCAGAGACUCGGAGGUUUCCAUCACGCAUGGCAUGUUUAUGAACUCCGGGGGAAGGGUCACCUACAUGGACAAUGGCAGCACUAACGGGACUGAGGUGGAUGGGGAAUGGGUGGAGCCGAAGAUUGCCUACGGGGUCGUCGCUGGGUCUACGCUGCUGAUUGGCCAGAGCCACUGCACCGUGGCAAUCACGCUAUGGGUCUCUUUGCACCGGUGCCGGAUGGUGAUGGUGGACGUCAUCUCCGACUUUAAUCGGACACGGUACGAUUCAGCGGUGGCAGUGCCCCUUGCGGGGGGAGGGUCUCGAUUGGAAAUUCUCGCUCACAACAAAUGUGACGUGUGUUGUUUGGAUUCAGUCGGUGUCUUUGUCUUCUGA